UGGUCUUGGAUCACAGAAGACAUUGGGCUGCUUACACAUGCAAGCAGAAUCCAGCAAGCGUCUACGUGACUGGGUUGUAUCAUCAGUUAUGGUCGUUUGUAGGUCGUGGUAAUUCUGGGUGAAUCUUCGUAUCUUUACACUUGGAUCUUGUUCUGCAUCCUCGUCUAAUUUCUGAAGAGACAACGCAGGGACGAGUGUCGCCCGACAUAGACCUCACCUACACUCCACGACAAUUGACACGACCAUGGUCCUGGUCUUCUGGAGAACAAGAUGAAAACGCCUCAAGCUCAACAUCGCAAAAAUGGGUACCACGAGAAAGAAAGGACGAAGAACAAGAGGAUGAUGAAACAAGUGGAGAUCAUAAGAAGUUACUUGAUGGGGCCGAGGCAGAGAUGAAGAAAAGGCAAGAUGAAGAUAUGGGCGAGGACGAAAGAGAAAGACAGGACACUAAAAUAAAAAAGAACAGACGCAAUCUCGCAGAUGAAGUCGUAACUCACUUCAAUCCGCUUGCAACAAUGUUCCUACAGGGAGAAGAGGGCGCCAUUAAGCACCUUUUCGCAAGGGACUACCGUUUUAGGUCAGAAAGGAGAAGUAGACGAUUGGACGAAGAUGAUGUAGAAGUUGACAGACGUUCUGGGAUGAAAAGAGACAGCAGUACUAGGGAACUAAAAUCUUCUAGCAGAAGCGGAACACUGAGUACGCCAAUAUCUCCGCAAGGAUACUAUGCUUUGCAAAACACUGCCAGAAUAGCGGAAUGGCGCGAGGAGCAUAGGACGAAUAGCGGAAUGAAAGAGGAAAACUACACAAAAG